AUGUCGGCUGACCUUGUCACCGUUCUCGCCGAAGGCACGUUCGAGGAGCAGAUCGUCGAGGUCUCGGCGUUCCUCUCGCGCUCGCAGGCCGAGGCUUCGCGCAACGACUUUAUCCAGCGCUUCCAGCAGCUCGCGCUCGAGGCUGAGCCGGCUGCACCCGCCGCCGCCGCCGACGCCGCCGAGGGUGCGGCCGUGUCGUCGUCCGACGCGGGCAAGAAGAAGCAGACCGUCCAGCAGCUGGUUUCGGAAGUCAGGUCGCUUGGCGAGGGCACCGACCGCGAGCUGGAGGGUGUGUACAACCUGCUCGCCUCGCUCAUCACCUCGACGUUCGGCGACGAUGCGGCGCAGUCCGCACAGCUGCUCAGCACGCUCGUCGGCGCCGUCGGCAAGGAGGGCGCGGCGGACAAGAACAACGUGAGGUAUCGCAUCCUGUCCAACCUGUUCAACAGCCUGCCUGCGACGUCGGCGCAGCGUCUGGGCAUCUUCAACGCGCUGCUGGCGCUCGCGGCUGCCAACGACGAUCUGGACUACCUCACCUCGUCGCUCACCGCGCUGCCGCAGUGGCUGUCGCAGUGGGAGGUGUCCGAGGCCGACAAGGCGGCGUGCCUCGAGUCGGUGGCCAAGGCGCUCGAGGGCGCCGAGAAGGAGCACGGCCAGACCAACAAGGCGUAUCAGUUCCUGCUGCUCCACCUGCGCUUCAUCAGCAACAGCGCCGGCGGUGCCGACACCAAGCAGGCUGCCGAGCGCACCGUGGCUGCGGCGCUGCGUCUGCCCAAGCUGUACGAGUUCGAGGAGCUCAUGCAGAUCAAGGCGGUGCUGGCCCUCAACGGCACGCCCGUAUUCGAGCUGCUCAAGAUCUUUGUCGGCGGCAAUGCCAAGGACUUUGCGGCGUGGAACAAGGCCAACGGCGCCGAGCUGGCACGACUGGGACUCGACCACGACCAGCUGGUGCACAAGAUGCGUCUGCUCGACUUGGCGGAUCUGUGUGCGCUGUCGGUGUCGUCGGAUGUGGCGUACGCCGACAUUGCCAAGACGCUCGAGGUGGGUGCGGACGAGGUGGAGGUGUGGGUCAUCGAUGUCAUCCGCGCCGGUCUGGUGUCCGGCAAGCUGAGCCAGGUCAACGAGGCGUUCCGCGUGUACAAGAGCACGCACCGCCAGUUUGGAAAGCCGCAGUGGCAGCAGCUCGAGGCGCGUCUGGUGCAGUGGCACACGAGCAUCGCCAACAUCAUCGACACCAUCGCCGCCACCCGCGGCGGCAAGCUCCCCGACGCCAUCGCCGACACUGCCGUCCAGGCAUAA